AUGAAAAAAUCAAAUCUUAAAAAGAAUGAAAAAGAACUGGAAGAGUGCAUUGAAAUAGACUGUAAAAGUGGUAGUUCAGAAUCGUUAAAUGAAACGGGAAUAUAUAACUAUGCAUUUGAUCAUCAUUCAAUAAUUCCAAAAGCUGCUUCUGAUGAUUGGGUUAUAAGCAAUGAAUUUUAUUCAAAUAAAUUUUUCACAUUAAAAGGUGCUGAAUUGAUUCAUUGGGGAAUUCACACAGGUUACCCAAGUUUUUCACAGUUAAUAAAAAGUAUUUCAGAAAUAUCAAAUUCAUUCAUCGAAAUGUGUUUUAGACAAACACAAACUCCUGCAUAUCAAACUGGUCACAUUAUAAAAUCAAUGUUGUGGUCUGGGGUUUACAUUUGGGCAACAACAAAAAUGUAUCGUGAAAAUAAUAAUGAUCCUUGGAGUUUUAAAAAUAUUCCAGAGAUUUAUUAUUUUUUUGAAUCGACGUUUUUGUGGAUGCUUUCUUAUGAUUAUGUGAUUGAGUCUCCUUCAGAAAAAAACUAUAAUAGUUUAUUUGAUUAUUUAUAUUACUCGGUGGUAACUAUUGGUACAGUAGGGUAUGGUGAUUUUUCUCCACAAAAAAGAGAGGGAAGGCUUGUUACAAUCAUUGUAAUCACUCUAACUCUUGUAUUGCUUCCACAUGAAUUCCAAAGACUGAAAGAAGCAUUAAAUACACCGCCCGACUCAAUUGGGUCAUUUAUUAGAAAAAAUGACACAUAUUUAUGUAUUAUUGGAGCAAUCCCACCAAAAUUACUAUUUAUUACAAAAAUUCUCUCUCUACAAAAACAGAGAAGAUUCAAAUCUAUAAUUCUUAUAACACCGAUAGAAAUACUAGAGUACCAAAAUAUAGUCAAAAUAUCACAGCAAAGAGGCUAUAUUCGAUUAAGUAUAAAACAAGGUUCUUUGGGGUCUGCAAUAAACAACCUAGUACAGUUCAGCUCUAUUGUUUUAAUAUAUGGAUCAGAAAAACCACUAUUGCAUAAAGAAAUGAUUUUGAAUAAAGAAAUGUAUAAAAGUGAUUUCGAUGCAUUUAUUACUGCUAUGUGUCUAACUAAUUUAUUGGGGUUAAAAGAGAAAUUUUUUCUUGUUUUUAAUUCAUCUCAAGUUGCAAGUAUGUCAAAGAUAACUGGCGUAUUAGGAAGUCUUUCAUUGGAAAAUUUAAAAAUUAAACUACUAAGCAAAAGUAUUAGUAAUUGUCCAGGGUUUUUGCCAAUAAUAUUACAUUUAAUUAUACCAAAAAAUGAAAACAUGCUUAGAAAACUCCAAGAACCUCCAAAAAAUACAUUUUUUACUAGUAAUAUUGAUAGAUCAAAAAUAACUUCAUAUGAAUGGAAGUGUAGGUGGAGAGGACUUCAUUUUAAGGUUCAUACAUUAAGAUUCCCGAAUUCAUUUUUUGGAUAUCCAAUACAAAUUUUUACUAAAUAUAUUUAUAAACAUUUAGGAAUAUUUUUGAUCGGAAUAUAUUGUCCUAAUACAAAUAAAACAUAUUUAAACCCUCAUCAAUACAUUAUUGGAGAUACUUCAAAUAUUCAUUAUGAAGGCUCAAAUUAUCUUGGGAUUGUGCUAACUUCGAGUAUCUCACUUUUGAAAAAAGCAGAAUUACUGGAAUCACCAAAAAACUACACUGAGGAGUUUAUUAAAAAAAUAGGAAGGAGAAGUUGCUCUCCAUCUAAUGUAUUUCUUACAAGGGUUAAAAAGCUCAACUCAAAAGAAUAUAUUGAAAAUAAAGAACAUUUGAACAUUGAUGAGUGCAAAUUAAUUUCUGAAGUUCAGAAACAGUACGAUUCAAAUGAUUUUGAUAAAAAUUUUAUAAAUAAGAAUUUUACUAAUAUUAAUGAAACUGCAAAAAAUACACAAAACAGCCAACAUAAUCGUGAAUUUACAAAUUCAAUUCAAUAUUCGAUUUCUUACGACGACCAAUGCUGCUUUGAUCAAAUGAAAAACGCUGUUUUGCCUAAUAACUUUGAAGAUUCUAUAUCAAAUAUGGCAAAUAUUAAUAGCAAAUUUGAGAUGUGCAAAAUAAAUUCUUCUAAUUCAAUUAAUCUUUCACAGUCCAAUAUGAACUUAUUACAUGAAGUGAAUAUUAAUAUUCCGCUAGUUACAAAUUAUUUUGAAGCUGUUUCAAGGGUAUUUAUAAAUAGAGAAUAUCCAAUUGUAUUAAUCAUUGGAUGGUAUGAAAGGAUUGAUAUGCUGAUAAAAUUUACCUUUUCACUUAAGCCUUCCAAUUUUAUUGUUUUAUGCGAGAAAAAUAUUGCUUUGAGUUUUAUAAAUGAGGAAUUUUUCGGAAAAAUUGCCCGAGUAUCUGGUGUUGGUACAUCAGAGAAUGAUCUAAAACAAGCCGGGGCACUGGUUGCAUCGAGAAUUAUUAUUUUUGAUUCAACUGGAAAUGUUUUAAACAAAGAUAAAGACGAGUUAAUUAAUGUUAGACAUGGGAAACAUGCGAUUAAUACGUGGAUAACAAUAUGUUAUUUAUUUUCCAAACACAAAAAAAAAGAUAAUUCUUCCUUAGUAGGAUCCCGAAAAAUUCCACCUUUGAUCAUUGAUAUUAAGGAAACGGAUAUUGGGUUGUUGUUAUUUCAAUAUUCUGAUUAUUGGCCAGCAAGAAUCGAUGGGUCAGAUUACUCUGUUUCAUUUAAAAACGACUUGGAUUUUUUUUAUUCAAGACAAUUUCUAAGUGGACAAUUUUUUGUGGAUAACAUUAUUGACUCCUUGGUUCCUUUUUUGGUACCAAUAUUGGAUAAUAAUCCAAUAAAUAAAUCAUUUAUUAACCAAAUAAUUGAUGGCAACCAAACCUGUAAAACAUUUGGCAAUAUUAGGUAUAACGAAAAGAACUGUAAUUUACAAAUGGAAGAAAUUCCAUUCGUAUUUGUUAAUUCUACAUUUUAUAACUUAUUUUCGCAACUUCUUAAACAUAGAAGGUUGGCAAUUGCCAUUUAUAGGCCAGUUAGAGUUGAUGAACAUCAAUUCAAUAAAAGGGAAGAUUUAAAGAAUCAAAAGUUCUCUCCAAAUUUGGGAGAAUUAGAAUCAAUUAUUAAUGAUAAUUCUCUGAAAGAAUGCUUUAAUUGUGAAAGUCACAUUAUAAUAUCAUGCCCACCACCAAAAUUUAAAUUAAACAUAGGAGAUUGUGUUUAUUUCUUAUAA